UAUAUCUGUUCUUGAGGUAGCGCUCCACAGUUAUAGUUAGGCUUCGUCUCACUCUCAGUUGAAAACCGGAGAGUCAUUUGCAGCGUUGCCGAGAAACGCGCAUCUCUUAGGAUGAAAGCGGCAGCAGAAAUGCUGCAAAACUGACCGAUGAAUUGAUUAAUAGAUUAGUUGAUUAUUCAUUCAUUGCUCUCACUGAUGAAAACUGCAAAAAUGAAUGGACCUCUAUCAAAAUCCGAGCGCAGAAUCAUGGACACAUGUUUGAGGAGAUUAAGACAGGAACUGCUCUCUAUGAAGGAGGCUGGUGAUGGACUUCAUGCUCAGAUGAACAAUAUGAUGGGAGCUCUGCAAGAACUAAAACUCCUCCAGGUUCAAACUGCACUUGAGCAACUAGAGAUUUCAGGAAAGAAUGGAACUAUGGCUCAAACAGCUAUAGAACUACCUAGCCUUAGCCCCGACACAGACAACCAGAAAUCCCAGCUUGCCAUGGCUUCUGUUAAAGAAGAGCUGCACCUGUCCCAGCAUCCCCAUCACAACAGCUUGGGGACAUCACCUUCAUCCUCCAGCCUGGAGAGCGAGAGCAUUCCUCUGCCCAGACAAAUCUCAGGAUACAUAGCCCCGCAAGUGGAGUACUGUGGCCCAAAAUUGGGCCACCUUCCUGUACAAAACCAUAACAACCAGCCGUAUUUGUCAGAACCAGCACAGCUGGUACCUCUGGCCCAGGUGGACCUUUCUUUGAUUCUCUACAGCCUAUCCCGGGAGGGACCGUCACUUGACAGUGACUACACCGAGGACAGUACGGACGACUCCAGUGACUGGACGUCCUCACUCAUGAGUCAGAGUCGCAAUCGCCAGCCUCUUGUGCUGGGAGACAAUGUCUUUGCUGACCUAGUAGGCAACUGGCUGGACCUUCCCGAACUAGAAAAAGACUGGCAGGGCCUCAACAGACCUGACUCUCCAGCCCAUCCACUCAGACUCAGUCGCUCCCAGGAGCUCUGUAAAAGGUUCUCACUGACCACCAACAUCUUCAAGAAGUUCCUACGUAGCAUACGACCUGAUCGGGAUAAACUGCUGAAGGAGAAGCCUGGCUGGAUGCCACCAGACCACGAUCCUGAAACAGAACUCUUCAAGAGGCCCAAGAAGGCAGCCAGCAAAUCCAAGGGUGGAUUUUACUUACCAUUCUGGGCUGGAGGACAGCUUGGAAAGGGACGGUCAUGUUCUCAGCCAACAGAGGAGAGGGGUCACAUUCUAGGUCUGAACAUUGACAGGAGUCGAACAGAUCCUGUAGACAAAGUUCAUCACUUAUUUGACUAUAAUACAGCUGUUUGGGUUUAG